UGUCGCACUUGACAAAACAAAGGAUGAGCAGCUGGGUUGGUGCUUCGUCUUCUCCAUGGCUUCUCAGGACUUCGGCCAAAUUCUUCAAAUACCGACCACGUCCUCCUCCCCCGCUUCGCCUCCUCUGCCUCGCCCAAUCCAAUGACGUCCGCAGUGACUUCAACUUCGUCCUCCACGACGCUCUCGAUUCUUCCGGAGUCCUCACCUCCCACGCCAGAGAUGCUAGGGAGGGAUUCUGCUCGCAGAUUCGGCAAAUGUCGGACAUAGAGAGGCAAACCAGCAUUAGCAUCAACAGGCGCGUUGAUUUGGGGAGAAGUGCUCUUUACAUUGCCGCAGAGGAUGACUCCCUUGUCUCGCAUUCGUCGGUUCCGCUUCCCGUUGAUGCUUUCCUCAGUAGAUUUGAUGAUCUUUCGAUGGAUUACUCUUCUCAUUAUAACUCUUCCUACAAGUCGUCGCCCGAGAGGUUGUUGGAGAGCUUGGAGAAUUAUUUAUACACGCACAAGGGAUUUCGAAGAACCAACGCGAGGCAUCUCUUUGAAACACGAGCUCUUUAUCUCCAUUCAGUUUUGACACAUCGUUCAGGAUCAACUGCUUUGCUAUCACUAAUAUACUCAGAAAUUCUCAAAAUGCUUCGAUUAUGGGGCCUUUUGGAUUUUGAUGUGGAGAUAUUUUUUCCUCACGAUCGUCAUAGUCUUCCCAGAGCCUAUCCUAAAAAGAAAAGCAAGGAAUCUGAUUAUGCGCACAUAAUGACGUCACAAGCCCUUUUGGUUGAGAUUCUAAGAAAUUUGAAGGAAGCUUUCUGGCCAUUUCAGCAUGACCAGUCAGGAAAUUUGUUCUUAAGGGCAGCACGAGCUGCUAACUUCAUUGAUGCAUCAAAUGAGGGUGACAGUGGCUUUCAGCUUGCAUCUGCUAAGGCUGCUCAACAUAGGCUAGAUCGUGGUGUUUGGACUAGUGUAAAUUUUGGGGAUAUGAGGCGUGCAUUAUCCGCUUGUGAACGUCUUAUUCUCCUCGAAGCUGAUUCGAAGGAAUUGAGAGAUUAUAGCAUUCUUCUCUACCAUUGUGGAUUUUAUGAGCAAUCACUUGAAUUUUUAAAGUUGUAUCAGGACACAAAGACUCGUCCACAACUAAGACGAUCAUCUAAUUCGUCAACCGACCUAGAGGAAGAUGCUGUAGAGAAGUUAAUGAUACGUCUUAAACUAAUCUUGAUGGAGGAUGGUUGGAGCAGGCCUACAUAUGUAAGAAACUUUCUCGGUAAUAGUUCUGAUCCAUGGUAGUGUUGGAUGUAAAUCAUUGCAGAUAGGUACAAUUUCUAAUCUAUGUGGUACAUCUAAACUUGAAAAGAGACUAUUGCACUGCAACUCGGACAAGUUCUGUCGGUCUUCCAAUGACAAGCUGCCCUGAGCCCGUGGUAUUUGAAAUCGUCUCAGAUUGUUCAUUUGGUCAAAUGAAACGAGUGAAUUUUAAUAUAAUAGAGUCCACGCAUCAUCCCUGAAGUUGGAAACCACAUAUUGGGUGGUUGGAAGUAUCGAUCAACAGAAUAUACAGUGUUGUUGGAGUUCAAAAGGUUUGUCUUUUAUAUAAAUUUAGUAUUGGUAAGUAUCAAACACCAUCAUAGUUCAUAUACACAUGCAAUUCGUUGUAUAUAAGUUGCUACUGUAUUUCUGAUUUGAACAGUGAGAAGCUAUCAUUUUUCUGUUAUUAUUAAUGUUAACUUUUCACAUUAAC